AUGUCUGAGAAAGGACUAACCAAGACCCAGGCAAAGAUGAUUGCCUGGACAUCCAUUACCGUUCUUUUGGGAGCGGUAUGGUUUGCUACUUCGCGGUCAUCACCCACCCAGGUUCAAUGUCGCUGCUUUCCGGGUGACACGUGUUGGCCAUCCUCUGGCAAAUGGGAUGCGCUCAACAAGACUGUCGAAGGCAGAUUGAUAGCUACGAUCCCAAUUGCCAGUCCAUGUCACGAUACCUUCCCAGGCAUCAGCUACGAUGCCGACAAAUGCGCCGAGAUUCAGGCAAACUGGCCACGACCCGCGUUUCACGACGAGACUACACACUCCCCCAUGGCCCCAUUCUUUCCCAAUAUGAGUUGUGAUCCAUUCACUCCUCGCGAUGCUCAGUGUAUCAUAGGUGCAUAUGUGCCUUAUGCUGUUAACGCUUCUUGUGUUGCGGAUUAUCAGGCCACAUUGGCAUUUGCGACGAAAAAUAACAUUCGUUUAGUCAUCCGAAACACUGGUCAUGAUUAUAUGGGCAAAUCUACAGGCGCUGGUGCGCUGGCUUUGUGGACUCAUCACAUCAAAGAGAGAUCUAUUCUGGACUACAAGUCCGUUGCUUACACAGGCAAGGCGAUGAAAAUAGGCGCUGGUGUACAAGCUUCCGAAGCCCAGGCGACAGCAAAUGCUCAGGGUUAUGUUGUUGUGGAAGGAGACUGCCCAACUGUGGGAAUAGCGGGAGGCUACACUCAGGGAGGCGGGACCAGCCCGCUUGAGUCUAAGUUUGGACUCUCAGCGGAUCAAGUGUUAGAGUGGGAGGUGGUCACUGGAACGGGAGAACUUCUCACAGCGACGCCAAGUCAAAAUUCGGAUUUGUACUGGGCUCUUGCUGGUGGUGGAGGCGGCACAUACGGUGCUGUGUUAUCCAUGACAGUGAAAUUGCAUAAAAACAUGCCGACCACCGGUGCUACUCUUACCUUCAUAGAGCCAUCCGAUAAGUACUGGGACGUGAUUCAAACAUUCCUGAUAAAUAUGCAAGCAGUGCUCAAAGCAGGUGCUUCACUCUAUUGGCAGGUUUUGCCCGGAAAUAUGUUCUACAUGCCACAGUCGCACUCAACUAAAGUAACAUCUCAUACGGUAACUUUCUCUUCUACCGACUUCCCCGCGUUUCAGGACGCUUUCUAUACUUUGAACCCUGACAUGAAUAUCACGGAGCUCAAUCUUGGAGGAAGUAUCAUUCCACGUUCUCUCGUAGCAUCCAAUAGCUCCACCACCUCGUUAGUUAACGGCAUUAAAUCUAUCUUGAAUAAUGGUGGUAUCCUGGCAGGUGUUUCCAUGGAUAUUAGCCAGGCGCCUACCCAUCCUAAUUCUGUCCAUCCCGACUGGCGCAACUCGUUAUUCCUGGCGUUCCUCGGCACACUUUACAAUCGAUCCAACAUGACCGCCAAUCUUCUCGGCCAAAAAACCGUGACUAACGUGCUAGACCCGGCUCUGGAAAGGCUAGUUCGCAAUCCUGCUGCCUACCUCAAUGAAGCCGAUUUCAACCAGCCAAAUUGGCAGCAGGUUUUCUAUGGUGCAAACUAUGCAAAACUUCUGUCUAUUAAGGAUAAGUACGAUCCGAAUGGCAUUUUCUGGGGUCCAACUGUCGUGGGAAGCGAAGCAUGGACAGCUGCCGCGGAUGGACGGCUCUGCAAGACAAGGCAUUGA